GCAUUUUGGCGGCAAAUUAUUGACUACAUUGCAAUUGUGUUGAUUUGCAGAAGUAAAGCGUCUAUUCGGAUUAUUCGUUCAUUCCACUCCAGUUGCAAAUUUAUUUACAAUCAUAAUGGAAGGCUUUGAUGAUGCUGGUGUAUUUUUCUCGGAUAAUUUUGGAAACGAUCAAAAUGCGGACGGUGCGCAAAUUAAUUUGCAAGCGGUGAAAAAAAAGUACAAGGAAUUUAUUCGUACUUUCAAUGAGGACAAUUUCUAUUAUAAAUACAGGGAUAAUUUAAAGCGAAACUAUCUCAAUGGACGCUACUUCCUCGAAAUCGAAAUGGAAGAUGUGAUGGGCUUCGAUGAGACGCUUGCCGACAAACUGAACAAACAGCCUACGGAACAUCUUCAGAUCUUCGAGGAGGCGGCACGCGAAGUGGCCGAUGAGAUAACACCACGGCCGGAGCAUGAGGAACAGAUGCACGAUAUUCAAAUCCUAUUGAUGUCGAGUGCUAAUCCCACAAAUAUUCGCGAACUUAAGUCAGACAGCGUUUCGCGUUUGGUUAAAAUUGCUGGCAUCAUUGUGGCUGCUUCGGGCAUUCAGGCGAAGGCAACGCGCAUGUCGAUCAUGUGCCGCUCCUGCAGUACUGUCAUACCCAAUCUGAAAGUGAAUCCCGGUCUGGAAGGCUAUAUGCUGCCACGCAAAUGCACCACGGAGCAGGCCGGACGGCCAAAAUGUCCUCUGGAUCCCUUUUUCAUCAUGCCCGACAAAUGCAAGUGCGUCGACUUCCAAACCCUCAAGUUGCAAGAGCUUCCCGACUUUGUGCCACAAGGAGAAAUCCCGCGCCAUUUGCAAUUGUUCUGCGAUCGCUCGAUUUGUGAACGCGUAGUGCCCGGCAAUCGUGUGCUCAUUCAAGGCAUUUACUCUAUUCGAAAAGUAGGAAAACCAUCACGACAGGAUGGCCGUGAGAAGGCUGUGCUUGGUGUGCGUGCUCCUUACAUGCGUGUGGUUGGCAUCACCGUCGACGCUGAGGGAGCAGGAGCCAUUUCUCGCUAUAGCAACAUUUCUACUGAUGAAGAAGAGAACUUCCGACGCAUGGCUGCUUCCUCAGACAUUUACGAACGACUCUCCAAGUCAAUGGCACCCAGCAUUUUUGGUUCCAACGACAUUAAAAAGGCCAUCACGGCCAUGCUCUUUGGUGGAUCCAGAAAGCGUCUGCCCGACGGUCUUUGCCGUCGUGGUGACAUCAAUGUUCUGCUUUUAGGCGAUCCGGGUACAGCCAAGUCACAACUGCUUAAGUUUGUGGAGAAAGUCUCGCCCAUUGGCGUCUACACCUCAGGAAAGGGUUCUAGUGCAGCUGGUUUAACUGCUUCCGUUAUGAAGGAUCCACACACUCGUAAUUUUGUUAUGGAAGGCGGGGCCAUGGUUCUGGCUGAUGGCGGCGUUGUCUGCAUCGACGAGUUCGACAAGAUGAGAGAGGAUGAUCGUGUCGCCAUUCACGAAGCCAUGGAACAGCAGACCAUAUCAAUAGCCAAAGCUGGCAUUACUACCACUUUGAACUCUCGCUGUUCGGUGCUUGCCGCUGCCAAUUCGAUCUUCGGACGUUGGGACGAUACAAAAGGCGAAGAGAACAUUGACUUUAUGCCAACAAUUCUGUCCCGUUUCGACAUGAUCUUCAUCGUUAAAGAUGUGCACGAUGAGACACGCGACAUCACACUGGCCAAACACAUUAUCAACGUGCAUCUUAGCUCCAACAAAUCAGCUCCAUCUGAGCCUGCCGAAGGUGAAAUAUCGCUGGCCACCUUUAAAAAAUACAUUCAUUAUUGUCGCACUCACUGCGGUCCACGACUCAGCGAAGCUGCUGGCGAAAAACUAAAGAGUCGCUAUGUUCUAAUGCGAAGUGGCGCCGGGCAGUCUGAGAAGUCCGCUGAUAAGCGACAUGCCAUUCCUAUUACUGUUCGCCAGCUAGAAGCAGUGAUUCGUAUCUCAGAAUCCUUGGCCAAGAUGCGUUUACUUCCGUUUGCCACCGAUGAACAUGUGAACGAAGCACUUCGAUUAUUCCAAGUAUCCACUCUCGAUGCCGCCAUGACGGGAAGUCUGGCUGGCGCAGAGGGCUUUACAACUGAGGAGGACCAGGAGACUCUCAAUCGCAUAGAGAAGCAGCUCAAGCGACGCUUUGCCAUCGGAUCUCAGGUCUCGGAACAAAAUAUAUUACAGGAUUUCUUGCGACAGAAAUACGAGGAGCGCACAGUAAUGAAGGUCAUUCAUACCAUGAUCCGUCGUGGAGAACUUCAACAUCGAAUGCAACGCAAAAUGCUUUAUCGCAUUUGUUGAAUGUGUUAUCAUUAUUUAUUUUAUCGUAUCAAUUUGAUCAGCCAUUUCUAAACCAUGUUUCUCAAUAAAAAUUU